GGCACACACUUACAGAUACUAGGCUGGAGGAUGACGAUGUUGUCCAGACCUCAGCAGCCAGUACCAGAGAUGAUAUAAAGACCCCCUCCGGUCGCUCAGAAGAGAAGUCUACAGAAGCAACUCUUCCUUAUAUCAAACUCAUCGCAAAUUUACACAAUCUUCUCUAUUAAAAACUUAUACCACAGCCUCUACCCCCGAUCUAAACAUGGCCGAACGAGCAGAAGCCCAAUGGGUGCACAUCCGCGUCGUCAACUCCCUAUCCUUCGACACCCUCAAUGUCAGAAACACCUGGCUGGGCUGGGGCAAAUUCCACAAAGAAAACAACAAGAGCGCCGAAAUCCCCGUCUCCGACAUCAACGCUCUCCGGGCAGCUCCUGGCGGGUCCUUCAACGUCUUCGCGUGCGGCAGAGCACAUUCGCCCUCUGGCACAGAGGGAAGCUUCGACGUGUUCAAUGGAGAUGUCCGCGUCGCUUACAUCUACUGGGACUGUCCUUGGGGCUCGAAGCGCAACCAGUUCCGUGUUGACAGGUUUGCUGAUGAUUACUGGGUGGAGACGGGGUAUUGGAAUCAGUCGGGCGGUGCUAUUGGUAGUGUUACGGUGGAAAUUGGGAGAAGAGAUCGGGCGAUUCGGUCGAGUCUUUAGAUAGGGUGGAUUCUGUGCUUCUUGUCCUGUUGUUGCAGGAGUGGUUGGAUUGUUGAGAUAAUGUGUGUGUAGAGGGUGAUAGACGGGUGUGAUGAGAAGUAUGUGAUGCAGUUGAGUCACGAUUAUCUUCUUGUCAUCGAUGUAAGAGAAGACCGAUUAUCGUUUUCACGUCAUUGCAACCGAUGUUUAUAGUGGACAGCACGAGUAAAGAGGUAGAAAAUCACAAAAUUAGUAGGAUCGACUGCAUCUCCCCCUCAUCGGGAUUUGCUCUGCAUUAGCACUGAAGUUUGGGGUGAAAGGGUGAUAUGAUAGAUUAUCAACU